AACAUUCCAAGCAAAUGGAUAGUUCAUGAAAACAGUGUUACAAUAGAUAUUGGCCAGGUGUUCGCUAAAUCCAUCAGCUGGAAUAAAAUCAGAUACUUAAAUUAUGACCAUCCCGUAUUAUCCUAUAUUGUUGAUCUCACCGAACCACAAGAAGAAUUGUGCGCUAUACUUCCACCAUCAAUUUAUUAUCAGAUAUUCAGAGCUCCCACCGAAUAUUACAAUGAUGCUUCGGCAGAAUUUAAGAUGAUAUUUGCCAAAUUUUUUAAUGAUCGUAAUAAUUGGGACAAAGAUACAUUUGGAAAUGUUCAUAAAGAAGAUAAAAAACAUUCAUUUUAUGAAUUCAUAAGAAAUGUGUGUCGUAUAUUGUUUGAACUAUGGAAUACCGCUUUAAGCGAAAAUUAUUGUUUAGAAGGUACUUGGCACCAUCAGGUGUUGGAUCCUAUUUUCAAAGAAAUUACCAAAAAUAUCGCUGGCUGUUUUUGGAAUUGGGGCGAAGCAUGUUCGUUAGCAUCAAGUUUCCGUAAGGAAACCUACUCAAGAAAGCCUGAUCUCUGGCUCUUGCAAACCAUUAACCACACGAUACAAGAAACUCUCUACGAGGAAGCAUCGGGAAGCCCGUUUCAACCUGACCAAACAAAAAUCACAUCGGACAAUUUUAAAUUGUUUCGAUUAGGAAGGGAUUCCAAAUAUAAAAUGGAUGUUGAAUUAAUUUUCAACAAUUUGCAAUAUCUCCGAAAUGGAAAAAAUUUGUUGCAACAAAUUCAUGAAAUAGAAGUGUUUCUAUUUCAAGCAUAUGAAACUCGUCUCAGAAUAUGUAUUAUUGAUCAGCCUGGUUCCCCUUUUUACCGUGUUCGUAAAGUUUUUGAUUUGAUGAUUCCAUACAAAAUGGUAGAUGAUGAAGUAUUCAUCCUCGGAGAUAUGCAGAAAGCACCGAUUCAUCCACCUGGCACAUCUUUUGAUAUAAAUAUUAGUGACUAUCCCACAUUCCCAUCUCCUUAA